GAAGUCUCCCAGAAAAGGACAUUGGCAGUCUUGCGGGAAAACAAAAGUCACCAGAGAAAACUGAAUUCUUGUUAGCUCAGCAGUUAAGCAUGUUUAUGAAAAUACAGACAUUAUUCAAUAAGAAAUAGAGAGAUCAGAUUUUUGUAUAGUAGUAAUAGUUGUCAAAAGAAAGAUUGAUGGACGGGCCGCCGGAGAAUGAUUUCUGCUCAAUAUGUCACGGCAAUUUCCAUCUCCCUUCCCAAGCUAAUUGCUCUCACUGGUUUUGCACGAAUUGCAUAUUACAAGUUUGGAAUCAUGGACCUGCUCUUCAGCCAUGCAAAUGUCCUUUAUGUCGCCGUCAGAUUACAUUGUUGAUUCCUAGUGAGGCAUCAUCAAGGCUGCGGCACAAUGCUGAGGUAUCAGAGAUUCUGCAAAAGGUGGAAACUUAUAACCGUCUAUUUAGUGAGCGCUCAAAUGAUCUCGUCCAGAGAAUGCAAGACUUACCUUUCCUUCUAAGGAGGUUGUUACGAGAUAUAAUGGAUCCUCAAAGAUCUCUUCCACUAGUCAUCAGGGCACGGGUCUAUUUGGCAGCCGUGCUAAGUACUAUCUAUGUUCUAAGUCCAGUGGAUAUUAUCCCAGAAGGGGUUUUGGGUAUAAUAGGGCUUCUGGAUGAUCUUAUCAUAUUGUUCAUCUGUUUUCUGCAUGUUGCUGCCCUUUACCGCUCUGUCCUGGUUAACCGCCACGGGGGUUCUUAAGUUUUAUCCCAGUUGGAAUGGAAGUAUUUGUGGAAUGAUACAGUCAGGCAAAAAAUCAUGUAGUGUAAAUUAUUCCUUGCAAUUCAUUGUUGCAUUUGCUGUUUCUUCUGGUGGAUCAAAUUGUCAAGCAUGAGAGGAAAAUAGUUUGAUUAGAAGUUUUUCUAAAGUUCUUAUCUCAAAAUCUCAUCUAAGCAGCAUCUAUUUUCUGACUUUUUCCCUUGAAAUUGGGAGCUGGGAAAAAGUGUGUUAUAUGGUACGUUCUAGUACUGGUUGUCUCUGUAGGCAUUGAUAAUAUUCUUUUUCAUCUUUUUUGGCUCUAUUUAGAGUGGCUGAUUCCCUUC